GGCAUGUGUUAGUUAGAGACAAAUGAAGUAAUCAAUAAAUACAGUGAACGUGAUUUCUGCUAAUCUUCUUUUUCUGUUUUCUACAAACCCCAUCUUCACCUUCCUUGUCCUUUUCCUCACUAUAAAUAUCCAGCCAUUUCUCUUCAUUUUAUGCAAAAAUACUUCACAAAAUGAGGCCUGGCUUUUCUCUUUUGCUUGCCUUGGUGCUGCUCUUUAAUGGCUCUGCUUCAGCUGCACCUUAUUUGGAUGGAUUCCUGAAUAAUGGCAACUUUGAGGAACAACCAAAACCAAGUGACCUAAGCAAGACCGUACUAAAAGGAAAAAAUCCGCUUCCUGGAUGGGAAAUAAACGGAUUAGUGGAAUACAUUUCUGCCGGGCCACAACCCGGUGGAAUGUAUUUUGCAGUUGCUCAUGGUGUUCAUGCUGUUAGAUUAGGCAAUGAGGCCUCAAUUUCUCAAACGAUAUCAGUAAAACCAGGCUCUCUUUACGCCCUAACAUUUGGUGCAUCGAGAACUUGCGCCCAAGAUGAGACGCUUAGAGUGUCGGUGCCUCCUCUCUCGGGCGACCUUCCGUUGCAGACAUUGUAUAGUAGCAACGGCGGUGAUACUUAUGCUUUCGGAUUUAUUGCAAAAACUAAUGUUGUUAAGGUUACAUUUCAUAAUCCUGGUGUUCAAGAAGACCCUGCUUGUGGACCGCUCAUUGAUGCUGUUGCUAUUAAGGAGCUUUUUCCACCGAGGCCUACUAGAUAUAACUUGGUAAAGAACGCCGGGUUUGAGGAGGGUCCUCAUCGCUUUCUAAACUCUUCCAACGGUGUUCUACUCCCUCCAAGGCAACAAGAUCUCGCAUCUCCACUUCCUGGCUGGAUCAUUGAAUCACUAAAAGCGGUAAAGUUCAUAGACUCGAAGCACUUCAAUGUUCCAUUUGGACUUGCAGCUGUCGAACUUGUUGCUGGUAGAGAAAGUGCGAUUGCGCAGAUAACUAGAACAGUUCCAAACAAAGUUUAUACUCUCACAUUCUCAGUCGGAGAUGCAAAAAACGGUUGCCAUGGGUCGAUGAUGGUGGAGGCAUUUGCUGCUAAGGAUACCUUUAAAGUUCCAUUUGAGUCUCAAGGAAUGGGUAAGUUCAAGACGGUGAGCUUCAAAUUCAAAGCCGUUUCGGCCAGGACACGAAUCACAUUCUACAGCUCAUACUACCAUACUCGAGUCGAUGAUUUUGGAUCCCUUUGCGGCCCUGUGCUCGAUGAAGUUAAAGUGUUUCCUGCCGCAUAGAUGAUUGAUUCAGUCGAUUGCUAAACUACUAUAUGUUUUGGUUAGAGAUUAAGCAAUGUAAUGUUCAUUUUGAGCUACACAUUUUGUUUUGUAAAUUAGACUGUUGAGGCAUGUUGCUUUGCUUUUUGCGUCCAUGGCCACCAUGUCCUUAUGUUGGAGGUGUAAGAUUUUAGCCCUAUUAUGCAUUCAAUGAUAAGAAAGUCAUAUUACUUUUGUUCCA